UCGACGUCGAUGUUGUCAUAUAGAUAAUUGUAGAUUGUAGACGAUAGUUAUUUUUGUUUCGUUCUGUGGAAAUAUCGGUUGUUCAUUUGGUCUCUCUUGGUUUGUUCAUUUCUUUCCUCAAGUUUCAAUCUUUUUCAUCUUCAUUUUUGAAUUUUGACUAGUUUGUUUUGAUUUGGUGGAAUUUUUUUAAAGUUAGGUUAGAAGUUAGAGUCAAUUAACGCCCGGUAAAGAAUAGAAGAUCCAUAUUUUUAAAAAAAUCAAGAUUCAUUAGUACUUUAAAAUUUAGUAAAAGAAUAGUGAAUAGUCUUAAACUUAAACUAAAAAAGUCAUAGCAUAACUCACAAAAAAAACUUUCUUCAUCUGUUUAUUUAUUUUUGCUUUAUUUUUUGUUCUGCCAAAAAACUGAAAAAGAGAGGAUAAUGAAAGAGAUGUUGGUUGGUUUUUUGAGUGCUGUGUUGACGGCAGGUGUCAUAUUUAAUGCAUUCAAUCAAAAGAAGCAAUUCUAUCCAUCCGUCGUCUACAUCACCAAGUCAAGUCCAAGUAUGGCCAUUUUAUAUGCCCAAGCUUUAGUACUGGUUGUCUUCUUGGGAAAAUUUAUGAGAAAAGUCUUUUUUGGUCAACUUAGGCCAGCUGAGAUGGAGCACUUGAUUGAGAGGUCAUGGUAUGCAGUCACUGAAACAUGCUUAGCAUUCACAGUUUUUCGUGAUGACUUCAGUCCAAGAUUUGUGGCACUUUUCACAAUGUUAUUAUUUGUUAAGUGUUUCCAUUGGCUGGCUGAAGACAGAGUUGAUUAUUUUUUUAAUUACCAGAUGGAAAGAAGCCCGGUGAUAUCAGUUCUAUUCCAUGCCAGAGCCAUUGCUCUGUUGGCAUUGCUGACAAUGGUUGAUCUGUACUUCACGAACCAUGCAUACCACAACACUUUGAUCAAGGGUCCCUCUGUUCAACUGGUCUUUGGGUUUGAGUAUGCCAUUUUGUUGACCAUGGUACUACACAUCCUGAUCAAGUACAUGUUACACACAAUCGAUCGUCAGAAUGAGAAUCCAUGGGAGAACAAAGCAGUGUACCUCUUAUAUUCUGAACUUAUGCUGGGUUUUCUCAAGGUCGUUCUUUACAUCCUGUUUCUAAUCAUCAUGGUGAAGGUUCACACAUUUCCUCUGUUUGUGGUCAGGCCCAUGUACCUCACGUUUAGAGAAUUCAAGAAAGCCAUGAACGAUGUCAUUCUGUCUAGAAGAGCAAUCCAUAACAUGAACACAUUAUACCCAACAGCAACACCCGAAGAAUUGGCUUCUGGUGAUAAUGUGUGCAUAAUAUGUCGUGAAGAAAUGCACAGUAAUGCAAAGAAAUUGCCAUGCAACCACAUUUUUCACUCCAACUGCCUGAGAUCGUGGUUCCAAAGACAACAGACCUGCCCAACUUGCAGAAUGGAUGUUUUCAGAAACACACCGGCAUCUACUAACAACAGACAGCAGGCAGCAGUUCCACAGGCAGCAGCCAAUGCCCAACAGCCACAGGCUGCUGACAAUGUUCAACCACAGCAGCCAGCACCACAACAGAUGCCACCUAAUUUUCCUGGAUUUGUCCCCAUUUUCUUUCCACCUCAAGGCUUGCAACCAAAUCCUUUGCCUGUCUCAAGUUCUCAGUCAUCGUCGUCUUCAUCAUCGCUUUCAUCAUCGUCAACAUCAUCUCAACAAUCAUCAGCUGCUCACACAGCCACCACAUCAGCUCCAGGAAUUAGUUCCAUACCACAGCCAUUUUCUCUUCCAUUCAUUCCUUCUCCUCACUCAUUCCUUUACCCUUCAUCCAGCAUGAUGCCUCCGUAUAGUUUUCCAUUUGGUUUUCCACCUACCUUUGGUUCCACACCAUCCUUCCAAGUUCCAAACCUGGCUCAAUUGACCGCCUUUGAACUUCAAGCAAUGGAAGGGCAAGAAAGAAGGAAUGUAGAAGCACGCAUACAGUGCUUGAGAGAUAUACAAACGCUCCUUACAGCAGCAGUCAAUCAGAUGCAGCAGUAUAUGAGCGUUGUUGUAGCCACCACGGCAGCCUCACAUGAUCCUUCCCCGGUCAGCUUAGAUGGUGGUAGAAGUGGAAGUCAGAGUAAGGACUCAAAAAACGAUGUUCUUAGCAACAACGUUUUUAGCGAUGUCAGUGCUGGUGGUAGUAGUAGCAGAAAUACUGAAAUUGGUGUCAAUGGCAACAGUAACGUAGUUAUCAAUGCAACGAGUAGUCAUGUUGCCGCUAGCAAUGCUGAUGGAGCUGGCAGCAGCUUUCUGGGUACUGAUGAAGAGACUGCAACCCAAGAGAAUAGAGAUGCUGGUGCCAAUGUUGUCAGGAAUCUUUCUGAGAUUGGAGAAAAUUUAGAAGGAAACAAAACAAAUGUAGUAAAAGAACAUCAAUAAUGUUGAAAAAAGCAUAUAUUUCACGAGAUUCGUUGCCCUCUGGUGAAAUUGGUCAGCGGGGUUUCUAUUCUAAAUUUAUUUCACAUGUCAUUAAUGAUCAACAGAUGGUAAUUAAUUAUUUGCUUGUUUGGUUGAGACUGCAGACUCUGCACUUAAUAACAUAUUUCAAUAUAAGUACGUACUUAUGCAUGUUUGUGAGUGUGCACAACCACGUUUCAUCAAUUUAUUUCAUUUGAUUCAUUUUAACAAAAUAAUUUGUGUAAAUUUUUUUUUAAUUUUUUUUAAUAAAUUCAAAUUAAUGAAAAUGUGACUUAACUAAACAUUCAGACUAAAAUGGGUGAAAGAAUAUAUAAAGUGGCUACAGCAUAAAAAAUUUUCCUGUCAGUCAAGAUUUUUCUUGCAUAGUGUAUUUUCACAUAUCAGACAUGAUUUUUCGACGAGUGUUCAAGAUCUAAUAUUUUUUAAUAUUCUUGAGAACAACACAAAUCAAUGUUCUGAUGUUUUUAUUUGUUCUUUAAAAAAUUUUAUUAAUUAAUAAUGUUAUUUGAUGAGUAAUAACUUAAAAAUCAUUAGGCAAUCCAAGGUGAUGGCCGGAAAGUUUUCAUGACAAAUUCAAUUUUUCUCUUCAUCUCGGAGUUGUAUAUUCUUUUGCAUCGCUCCAAACUGACUCGUUUUCUUAGUUGGUAUGGUUUCUCAUAAUACAUGUUACGUCGAGCUCUUUCAAGCACUUUAUCAUUUCUUAAAAUUCUUUGAAAAAUUUUUUUUGCAUUGUAAAAAAAACAUUAAAUAUUUGAAAUU